UCUGUGUUCAGUCAGUGGGACCCGGUGCACGUUCGCAAACCAACGUAGUUUCUUCGCGAUUGUUCUAAUGCAAACAUUUUUUCAAUAGUUGCACCUAGUUACGAUCACAAAUAGUAUUCUUCGGUCAUUACAAUUAGAUGGAAAACAAUAUUUAAAGAUGAGGUUCCUACUUCCAUUGAUUCUCCUGGUAGGAUCAUUCAAUUAUAACGUGAAUGCUGAGACUUUGGAAACUUUAAUGCAAUGGUCGUUCAUAGAUUACCUUUUACCUUACGAUCAGGGCUUUCAUAAUAACUAUCGUCCAGAAAAUGUCGUUCCCACAGGCAUCGAAGUCUCUUGGCGAAGAAUUUUUAUCAGUACGCCACGCCUACGUGAUGGCGUUCCAGCUACUUUAAGUUACAUCCCGAGAAACAUUCCACCAGGCAGCAGUCCAAAACUUCAAGCUUAUCCUUCGUGGGAAUGGCAUACCGCGGGAAGAGGAGAAUUAAAUUGUUCUCAACUAAUAUCUGUUUAUAGAUCAAGACUCGACAAUUGUAAUAGAUUAUGGGUUAUUGACAGUGGUGUCAUGACGUCUAUCGAUAAUUUUACUCCAGUUUGUCCACCUAAAUUACUUGUCUUUGAUCUCCAUACAGAUACACUCGUCAGACAAUAUGUUUUUCCUCGAGAGGUUUUAAGGCCAAACAGUUUGUUGACUAAUCUUAUAAUAGACGAUACUAAAUCAACAUCUUGCGAUGAUAUAUUUAUCUACAUAAGUGAUACAGCUGGACCAGGACUUCAAAUUUUUGAUGGUGCAAAUAAUACAAGUUGGCGAGUACUUCACGCUUCGAUGUUUCCUAAUCCAGAUUAUACUAUUUAUCAGAUUGCCGACGAGACUUUCGAACUUCCAGAUGGUAUUGUGGGAUUAGCUUUCUCUCCAAGGCAAGGUAUACUAUAUUAUCAACCACUCGCCACCGAUCGUCUCUUCGGUGUACCAACGUCGGCACUUCAAGCUGGUCCACUUCCCUUCGGACAACAACUCCCAGUGUCCUUGAUCGGCAAAAAGUCUAGUCAAGGUAUUCCAUUAGUCGUGGAUCCUCUAGACGACUCGAUUCUUUUCUCACCACUUACGGAAACAGCUAUUGCCAGUUGGCAACCUCUAACGAAUAAUCAAAGAAUCGUCGUUUACAGUCCAGAAAAAUUGCAAUUUGUUGCUGAAAUGAGAUGGGUCGAACGUGACGACGGCCGAAUCUGGAUUAUGUCCAGUAGAUUCCAUAAAUUCUUCAAUCGUAGAGCAUCUUCUAAAGAGAUCAAUAUUCGUAUUAUGAAAAUCGUUCCGGAAACUGUUUUAUCAAAAAGUCUACCGUUAUAUCAAUAUAUCGAUCCACGUUACUCGCAUAUUUUGUAUAACAACUCAGUCGGUUUUUAGAUAGAUUUAUAAAAACAAUUUUUUAAAACUUGUAAAUUAUCAUUUUAAAGAUACUAGCGAGAAUCAUAUUAGACCGAGAUCCACUUCUAUUAUUAAAACAAAAAUAGAGAAUCAUAAAUUCUAAUUUGCGAAGAUUUUAGUAUCAGUAGGCAGAAUGUCAUUUAAGUAAUUCUUUUCUUUUUAUACGUUUACAGAAUCGUAUAUGAUUCAUUCGUAAAGAAAGUCGAUUGAUGUUAAUGUGAUUUGAUAAUGAUAAAUAUCAAAUCUCUUCGUAGAUAUAUAAUAUUUAAUAAUAGGACGAUUUUUGCUAUAAAUUUUACAUAAGGCGUAUGUUAAAGCUAUUAAACUAUAUAUGU